AUGAAAGAGGAGGAGAGCAUUCGGCUGGAAGUCAACUCAGUGUCUUCGGAAGAUGUGAGUAAGGAAAGCAGGAAGAAUAGAGAGGUCUUCUCGUUGUCAGAACCCCGGAAGACUAUGAAAGAUGAUUUUGGUCUCUACGAAAUUCGUCUUCUCAUACUCACUCAACUUGGAUACAUUCCUGUCGCCGCUGCCAUGCUGAUAUCCACAUUUUCGGAACCUUCAAAGGCUUGGUGCAAUCAAACACAAAUAUCCGAGGCAUUCUGGGUUCAAAAUCCCAUGGCGGAGUUCUAUUCUCUUACUGUGGAACAUGGAAAGGCUUGUAGAGAAGAUUCAAUUACCACAUACCUGUCAAGCCUGCUAAUGUGGGGAGCACUUAUUGGAUCAUUCUUUUUUGGCUUCCUUUCGGAUAAAAUGGGCAGAAAACCAGUUUUUCUUACUUGCCUACUGAUGGUUUCUCUCGGACACUUCGUUCUCAUCUUCACGAGUAAACUUUAUUGGUGUGUCAUCUGUGGUGUUCUUUUCCUUAUGGGCGUUUUCUGUGGCGGAUACAUGGUGACAAACUUCGUGAUUCUGACAGAAGCAUUCGAGCUAGCAAAGUCUCGUCUAUUAGUUGUGUCAUUCAAUGGGUGGAGUCUAUCUAUGACCGCCACUGCAAUCAUUGCCAGAACCACCCAAUAUUGGUUCGGAUAUCAUGUCAUUUCUGCAAUAAUUGGUAUUUUCCUGACAAUUCUCUUAUAUCUCACGUGUUUCGAGAGUUGCAGAUGGUUAUCUGCUAAUGGAAGGCAUCUAGAAGCCAAGAGAAUUGCCGCUGAAAUAACAUUGAAGAACGGAAAGAGAGAUAUAGAUCAAGAUGAUAUCAUUCUUAUGGAAUGGUAUGAAAUUCUUGGGUUCAGUGUGCCCACGCAUACCGAGGAAAAGAAAACAUGGAAGACACUAUACAAAAAUUCGAAAUUGCGAAAGCUGACCGGAGUGAUGUGCUACUCAUUUCUAGCUUCUUCAAUUGUCUCCUUCGGAUAUUACUUCUCCCUUGACGUCUUACCAGGAAACCGUUAUUCCAAUAUGGCAAUGAUGGGAGUUAUGAAGUUUGUGUUAGGAUUCGUUCCGUUCGUGCUCAACAGAUUUGUUACCAAACGGAUCAUUGCAAUUCUAUCAGUUGGAACAUGCUUCCUUGCUGCUGUUUUGAUGUUGCCAAUUCAGUACUUCGAGAUCUCCUGGCUGCAUUGGGCGUAUACUGUAUUCACGUUGAUAGUUUCUGGUGGAAUUGACCCAACGUGGAAGAUCAAUCACCUCUACUCGGCCGAACUCUUCCCGACCUCUGUUAGAAGCAUGGCCAGGGGAGUGUGCAAUGCCGGAGGGAGAUUUGGUUCCGUUAUGGCGCCAUUGAUUGUCUACUUCCGAAUCUAUGAUCAGGUCAUACCGAGCGUUGUUUUUGCUUUUCUUUUGUUGAUCCAGUUGAUUGUUAUUGUUAUCUUCCUACCCGACGACAAAGAUAAGGACGCCAACGAGAUGAAUGAUGAAUAA